AUGAACCUUUCGCUUGUUAUUCAUGAUAAGGUGGAGCUAGUGGAAUGCGAUCUCCACUUGCUCCUUGGUUUAUCUCCUGGAGUAAACUUCUUACUGGAAACCCGAAUCUACGACCUUGAAUCGAAACUCCAGACACUCACGCAUGAGUUGGAACAACAACCUCCACCUUCCUCGAAAGUCAAUGGUGUCUCUGUAUCUGUCGACGCCGUCUUCGAUAAGCUUGCUGCAGCUGAAACACGUUCUGAGGAAUUAGUGGCUGAAGUCAAACGUCUCCAGUCAGCAUUGGGUAACUCUGAGGCUCUUUUCACUGAAGAGGAGAAACGAUCAGCUCAACUCUCCAAGUCGUAA